UGGUUAGAUGCUAUAGGCUGUGCCAGGCUCUUCUUUCUGGCUCGGAGCUGUAACAGUAUGACAGAGUCUGGGUGCACAUAGGCUGCCUUUGUGGAGUACAAACCAAAAGUGUGAAGGGUGAAAAGUCAGCAAACCAAAAAGUCUGGAGUUGGAAAGGUGAAAGUUAGGGAUGGGAACAUUACCACUUGACAUUAGGCGGCUUUUGGAUGACUGUGAGCUGUUUGUAUCAGAGAUCCUUCAAGACGAGGUGCUGGGUGAAAAUGCCCAAGAGACACGGAAGGUGUUACUGAACAACUUCAAGGUCGUCCAUGUCCGAAACCCUCAAGAAUUCCCCUUCCCAACAUCGGACUUUAGGAACGACGACAGUUCUGAUGACAACCGUAGUUCCAGUCUGGGUCGCUCUGCCCCAUCGGACGACGCCUCAGUAGCCUCCGACUACCAGGAUGAUGGAGCCCCUGAGUGCUUUGAUGACAUCCCCCCUGUAGCAGCCCAGGACCUCGUCAACAUCUUGAAGCAAGGCCACCUGGAGAAGAAGCGAAGAGAUCACAGCUUCUUCGGCUCGGAGUGGCAAAAGAGAUGGUGUGUUCUGAACAAUUCAAUAUUCUACUACUUUGGGAGUGAAAAAGAUAAGCAGCAGAAGGGUUCCUAUUAUAUCAUCGACUACAGCGUGCAGCUGGUGACCAACCUGAGAAAAGACUCCAAGAAAAUGUCCUGUUUCGAGUUUUUUUGCCCCGGACGGCGAUCUUUCCAGUUCACUGCCAACAGUCCUCAAGAGGCCAGAGAAUGGGUGGACCAAAUCAAUUUUGUACUUAGAGAUAUCCGCUCCACCUCCAUCCCUUGCGACGAUGACGAGCAGGAGGAGGAAGAGGAGACCUAUGAUGACAUUGAGGGGUUGACUAGCCCUCCCUCGUCGCGGCCCGCCGCUGCCCAGGCCUUUCAGAGCGGCAAACUGGGAGGGGGGCACGAGACGGGGGAGGUCUACGAAGAGGACGACGACAUCUACGAGGUGCUGCCAGAGGAGGAUUUUCCAGAUCCGACAGAUGAGAGCAGUGAAAAGAGCAACAAACCAGCUUGGUCAUCAGAUUACGCUAACUUCUACCAGGGUUUAUGGGAUUGCCAGCCCGACGAGCCGGACGAGCUGCCCUUCCAGCGAGGAGAUCUCAUCUGCAUCAUUAGCAAGGAGUACAACAUUCACGGCUGGUGGGUCGGCGAGCUGAACGGCACCGUGGGCAUCGUCCCCAAGGACUUCAUGCACCCGGCUUACAUCCUGUGAGCUCCAACAGCGCUGCUGCCAACGCGUCCGGCCAUGAAUCUCACAGAUAAUGUUUUGUAAUUUGAAAAUGAUUCUCCUUCAUAAGACUGUAAGUUGUAUCAUGUAGGCCUAAAUCAGCGGUGCUUAUUCCUGUCCACUAUUACCCACAUGUAAAACCUUUAAAACCUUUAAUAUUACUGUGCAAACCACAGCGGAAGCAGAUUAAUCAGUUAGUCUACCGACAGAAGAUAAGAUCCAUUUUAAUAAUUGUCAUUGUAUCAAGAAAAGCCUCUCACAUGUGAGGAUUGUCUUCUGUUCUGUUUUAUAUUGUUAUAAAUUGAACAUAUUUGUGUUUUUGACUUAGACGUUAUUGGGCUUCUGGUAGAUUGUGACGGGACUUUUUUCAGACUUUUUAGAUUUUUCACAGACUAACAUAUUAACUGAUUAAUCAGAAAAACAACAGAAUACUCAAUCAUGGAAAUAACAUAAUGUUAUCUGCAGCUCUAGUGCAAAUUAUUUCAUUAUUAUGGACCGGUACAUUUAUCAAUUCACUGGUUAAAAUGAGAAAUAAGAAGAUUGUUUGUCACUUUUUUCUUGUUUCAUCACUGAAAUACAUUUUUUUUUAAACAGCAGAUGUACAUUAUGCAGAAUGUUUUUAACUACAUUGUAAGUGGAUUUUUUUUUCAGAGAUUUGAACAGCAUUUACUGCUUGUGUGUGAUUUGUCUGUGUGGGGUCAUUAAACAGUUUCAUCUUCAGCCACUAGGCGGCAGGAUUGCACAAAUCUCUUAAAACCAUGAGAUGUGUUUGAUAAGAGGAAUAUAAUAAAAUCAGUUUUACAGGAAGAAAGUAACACCCAGUCUUCUAUUAUCCACCGAGUACACGACUCGUGAUGAGGCUCAUUUCUGUGUGCAACAGGACAAUAAACCAAUAAACCGGCUCCCUUUAAUAAAAGCAACAUUUAUUUGAAUUUGAACAGGAGUAGUGUGAAAACAAUGUGGAGAUCAAACUAACGUGAAUUAAGUCUGUUUUCAUAAAAAGAUCACCUUGAAGAGAUAGUUUGGAUUUUUGAAGUGCGGUUUUAUGACAUACUCUUGUUUUAAAGGGUGCUUCUGAUUGAGUCACAUAAAAACUGACUGAUAGAUGCAGCGGUGGAUCAGCAACUCACAUGUUCUGUUUUUGUGAAAGUCGAGUCUCGUGGCUUUGAAGAGAACAUAGAUAAAAACUUCAAUUCAACAGAAAGCUGUUUUACAGCAAAGUAAAAAAGUGAAAAUAUUCCACAUAUAGCAUCCACUUAAACUGAUGUUAGCUGGUUUCUCCAAACUCAAGCUACUGUAGAUAAUAAUUCACUGACUUAUGAAUAAGUCCUUCAUAUAAACACUUCAAAACAACAUCCCUUAAAGCAGUUCUUGUUAGUUUGAGUAGAGGCAGUAUUACAGUGAACUAAACAUGUAAACCUCCGCUGAUAGUCCGUGUAUUUAAACCACGGUCCAGUUAAAGAGCAGAGCAAUACAAGAAUGCACAUUUAUUAUUAUCAAGAUCACGAGACUGAAAAGGUGUCGCUGUCUAUUGCAAUUACUUUUAAUUUAAUUAACAUAACCAAUUAUUUUCCUUUAAUAAUAAAUAUCAGGUGAACACUGCUGCCUAUGAAACAUCAUUUUAGAACAAUUCCCUCAAUCCAAACCAGUUUAAUGUUUAACCAAAGCAUCCUGAGUGACUUGUGUGUACUUGGAUCAUCAUCAGGACUCCAUAGAACACAGUGGUUAACUUAAAACAGUGGUUUUAUGAGCUUCACAUUAAGUGAGUGACUCUACAGAAGGAUUCAGACUGUUGUUGGUCGACAUGAUUGUUUCUCUCGUCCAAACCGUCCUCAAAGUUUCACUACAGUUACUGUGAGGCUUCAGCAGUCUGAGUGAGACAAAUUAACUGGAUGAAGUUUGUGUUUUACUGUCCCUCCUCUGCAACUCUGCACGUAAACGCAGAUAGAAAUAGAUUUUAGAUUUGACUUGUCUCACUCAAGGACAAGGAACAACUACAGCAACCAAACGCUCUUUAAAGUCCAAACGGAGUUAAUACAGACUUUAAAAGCAAAACAUGUGGAUCUCUCCUUUAAUUCAAGUGUAUAUUUCUGUCACAAAGUUCCCUACAACAUUAAAGUAAAAAUUAAAUCACAUUGUAUGUUCACACAACAAUAAAACCUUUAGAUCUUUAUGGAUUAAAAACAACAAAAUAAAACCCGAAGCUGCUUUUGUGAACUAGAGCGCCCUCUGCUGGUUCCAGUCAUCCACCACAGAGUGUUCAGUUUACCUGAGUGUUAUUGGAGAUGCACAUUUUAAAUUAAAUAUACAUUAUUUUAAAACAAAAGAAGCUCGACUGACAACACGUGUGACAGACCGGAUCAUCUACAUUUCAACGACGGAACAGAACGAGCACAUUUUUAUGUACUUCCUUGUUUACGUGCAUGUGAUCGAAUGCGUCUUUGGCAGACAGCAACUCCCACAAUCCUUCGCUGUGGCUCUGUGUCUUAACUAAUGCUGCUGCUCUCUAUGAUGCUGAAGUCACUAUUUUCGGUUAAAUCUCCAGUUACAGUCAAGUUCAAAUCCAGAGAUUUCCUGGAGUCACUGAUGUCGGUUAUGUGUUGCUGGUCCUCGUCCUCGUGGACAGAAAUGUCGUCUUUUUCCACAGAGUGUCCGUUCGAGUGUAGGUCCAAAAUGUUCCUGCUGGAGGCCUCUACUGGAGACCAGUGGACCUCCUCAGAAGGCAUCUCCACGUAGCCGUUGGCGGCCUGGAUCGAGUCCUCGGCGUCGUCGCAAAGGCUUUCUUCAUCGCUGACCUGGACGAUACUGUCGUUCGAAGACGAGCGUCCGUCCUCGUCGCUGUCGCCUGUGAUCCGAACCAGAUCCACUUGUUGAACGAGGUCGUCAUCGCCGCUGCCUUCCUCCUCUGGGACACUGAGCACAUCGCGAGUCUCUUCGUGGAUUUCCGACUGAAGCGGCGUCUCCGCUUUGCUCUCGGAUUCCUCUUCUUUUUCGUUGUCUGGCUCUUUCUGUCCGUCCGAGUUCUUAAACUCCUCCGGAGAGCUGGCGUCUUCCUCGUGAACCUCCGUGCCGUCGACGUGGUCGAGACCUUUAUCUUCAGAGAUGUCGUGAGUUUCUACAACCUGCUGCUCAGAGCAGACGGCUUCCAGAACUUCCUCCUGAGAUCCGGCGUCGCUUUCUGUUCCCUGUUCCUCAAAGCCACCGUCCUUAAAAUCUAAAAUUGCUGCAGAGUUCGCACAUUUUUCUGGCUCAGAUUCGACAUUUUCCUUCUUUGCUUCUCCAGAACUUUCCCAUUGAUCCGCCUUCUCCUCCUCUGGAUGAGGACUAUCUCCAGAACUUUCCCAUUGAUCCGCCUUCUCCUCCUCUGGAUGAGGACCAUCUCCAGAACUUUCCCAUUGAUCCGCCUUCUCCUCCUCUGGAUGAGGACCAGUCUUUUCUGCUCUAUCUGACAACGUAACGCUCUCCUCUCUUACCGAACACUCCUUCUCAAAGCCAGCCCCCAUGGGUGAGUGCACCUCCACAGGAGUCUGUAUCUGCACCCGACAGCUCUUCUGCUGGAUCAGUUCUGGAAGGCCGAGACUCUCAGGAGCAACCUGGCCGUCACCCAGGAAAAAGGUUGCCUCUGUCGGACCACAGUCCUCAACAACGGCCUCCAGGUGGUCGUUCUUCUGGAUGACCCUGACUGAGGAUUCCUCCUCGUGCUGAAGCUCAACUGUGUCUUCGUCACAGAUCUCCAGUAAGUCUUCAGGAGGAUUAGAGUCAUCGCAGAACAAGAGCUCCGGGCUGAAGAUCUCUUUAGGUUGACGAGGAGCUGGGCUGUGGAGUGAGGAAGAGAAAAAACAUUUACUUUAACGACUCUGCAGCACAUUUUUUAUCUUUGCAAUAGCAGACACAGCCUGAAUAUCCUUAAAUAAACAGAAGGGACAAAGCGAAGGAAACUGGUUAUUUCCACACCAUUCGGUCGACAGUUUGAAUCCCUCUUACCUCUCCAUGGACUCAUAAGAAACUGUCAGACUCGGCUCCUUGAUGGAGUCUUCCUCCUGGGCCUGAGCGUAGCCCCGAUUGGACGAGGCGUACGUGAGGAUGGCGUCCGUCACGGAGUAGGGCGUGUGACCCUGCACGCAGUCCUGGAUGUGACCGACCGGCAGCUGGGUCUGCAGGAAGAGGUGGAGCUGGCUGUCUGACAGACACACCGUCAUGUUCACCACACUACCGGGACAAAAGGG